AUGCACCCUGUGGAGAAAAGGCCUGUGCGCGUGAUUGCAGUAGACGUGGGUAUGAAGUUCAACCAGAUCCGCUGCUUCACGCACCGUGGUGUUGAGCUGAAAGUGGUACCAUGGGAUUACGACUACUUGGCAUCGUCGGAAGAGCCGUUCGACGGCUUGUUCGUGUCAAACGGUCCGGGUGAUCCCACAAUGGCGAAGCCGACCAUCGUGCGUUUAGCAAAGGCGAUGGAGAAUGCAGAUAGACCGAUAUUCGGGAUCUGUCUCGGCCACCAGCUGCUGGCGCUUGCUGCUGGCGCGUCAACAUCCAAGAUGAAAUACGGUAACCGAGGGCACAACAUUCCGUGUACCGACGCGCUCAGUGGGAGGUGCUAUAUCACCAGCCAGAACCACGGAUAUCAAGUCGACACGAGUUCUCUGUCGGAUGGAUGGAAAGAGCUCUUCAAAAACGCAAACGACGGCAGCAACGAAGGUAUCUACUGCGUUGACAAACCAUUUUUUUCUGUGCAGUUCCACCCAGAGUCGACGCCGGGACCGCGCGACACAGAAUUCCUUUUCGACGUGUUCAUCCAGAAUAUUCUUGACUGUGCAAAGACGCGCAAGCUCGUACCCAUUUCCAUGCCCGGUGGGACGAAAGAAGAGAACGAGAAGCGCGUCCCAAGGGCCAAUGUGCAAAAAGUCCUCGUCUUGGGUUCCGGCGGCCUCUCAAUUGGCCAGGCGGGCGAGUUUGACUACUCGGGUUCGCAGGCGAUUAAGGCUCUCAAGGGGGAAGGAAUUUACACCAUUCUCGUGAACCCAAACAUUGCAACGAUUGCUACCUCGAGAGGCCUUGCGGACAAGGUGUACUUCCUACCUGUCACGCCCGAGUUCGUACGCAAAAUCAUUAAGUAUGAGAAGCCGGACGGGAUCUAUGUCACGUUUGGAGGACAGACUGCUCUCAAUGUCGGGAUCAAGCUGAAGGACGAGUUCGAGGCGCUCGGCGUGAAGGUGCUCGGGACACCGAUCGACACCAUCAUUACGACGGAGGAUCGACAAUUAUUUGCUAGCGCCAUGGCGGAGAUUGGCGAGCGCUGUGCGCAAUCGAGUACAGCGACCACGCUUGAUGAGGCAGUCGCUGCGGCUAAUACUAUCAAUUAUCCGGUGAUUGUUCGCGCCGCGUACGCCUUGGGCGGUCUCGGAUCGGGCUUCGCCCAAGACGAGAAGCAACUCAAGGCACUGUGUAGUAAGGCCUUCGCAACAAGUCCUCAAGUUCUUGUAGAAAAGAGCAUGAAGGGCUGGAAGGAGAUAGAGUACGAGGUGGUCAGAGAUUGCCGAGACAACUGCAUCACGGUCUGUAAUAUGGAGAAUUUUGACCCUCUCGGAAUCCACACUGGGGAUUCAAUCGUCGUGGCUCCGUCCCAAACGCUCUCGGAUGCAGAUUACAAUAUGCUCCGGACAACGGCCAUCAACGUCAUCCGACAUCUCGGAGUUGUGGGUGAAUGCAAUAUUCAAUAUGCUCUGAAUCCCUUCUCCAAGGAGUAUUGCAUCAUUGAGGUAAAUGCCCGACUUUCUCGGUCAUCUGCCCUCGCUUCGAAGGCGACAGGCUAUCCUCUCGCCUUCAUUGCUGCGAAGCUUGGCUUAGGUAUUCCAUUGAAUGAGAUCAAGAACUCAGUAACCAAGGUCACUAGCGCCUGCUUUGAGCCAAGUCUCGACUACGUCGUCGUGAAGAUACCUCGCUGGGACCUCAAGAAGUUCAGUCGCGUUAGUAGACUCUUGAGCAGUAGCAUGAAGAGUGUAGGAGAGGUAAUGAGCAUCGGCCGGUCAUUCCAAGAGACCAUUCAGAAGGCCAUCCGCGCUAUUGAUGACCAGUUUACCGGGUUCGCUAAGAAUGAUUUUGUCGAGGACAUAGACGAGGAGCUAAUGAACCCCACCGACAAGCGCAUCUUUGCUAUUGCGGCUGCGUUCCAUCGCGGGUACAGCGUCGAUAAGAUUUGGCAGAUGACAAACAUCGACAAGUGGUUUUUGACGCAACUGCAGUCUAUUCAUCAUAUGGAGAAACGCCUUUCGGACUACACUAUCUCGAGCAUCGGUAGUAUGGCGCUCCGUCAAGCAAAGCAGCUAGGAUUUUCCGACCGUCAGCUUGCAGGGUGCAUGGGCUCCACGGAGCUAGCAGUCCGACGAUUGCGCCAGGAGUACGGGGUGAUGCCCUAUGUCAAGCAAAUUGAUACCGUCGCCGCAGAAUUCCCGGCAUACACAAAUUACCUCUACACGACGUAUAAUGCCGUCGAGCACGACAUCACGUUCAACGAUCGCGGUGUAAUGGUCCUGGGUUCUGGUGUCUAUCGUAUUGGAUCCUCCGUAGAAUUUGACUGGUGUGCGGUACGCGCCAUCAGAACACUUCGCGACAAUGGUCUGCCUACGGUCAUGGUCAAUUAUAAUCCCGAGACCGUCAGCACCGACUACGACGAGGCUGAUCGGCUCUACUUUGAGAAUAUCAGUCUCGAGACAAUUCUGGAUGUUUACGACACCGAGUCUUCGCGGGGUGUAAUUAUCUCUAUGGGUGGGCAGACACCGAACAACAUUGCCCUGCCGCUGUACCGCCAGAACGUCAAGAUAUACGGAACGUCACCGGAAAUGAUCGAUACAGCAGAGAACAGGUUCAAGUUCUCCCGUCUAUUGGACGAGAUUGGCGUCGACCAGCCUUCGUGGAAGGAACUGUCGAGCUUCGACGAGGCUCACGCGUUCUGCGACAAAGUCGGGUAUCCCGUACUUGUCCGGCCGUCGUAUGUUUUGUCAGGUGCUGCCAUGAAUGUAGUCUUCAGCGAGAACGAUCUGUCCAGCUAUCUGUCGCAAGCAACGGCAGUAUCCCGUGACCACCCGGUUGUCAUCUCGAAAUACAUUGAGGGCGCGAAGGAGAUCGAGAUGGAUGCGGUAGCCAAAGGCGGCAAGAUGAUCAUGCAUUACAUCUCAGAGCAUGUCGAGAAUGCCGGAGUACAUUCCGGCGAUGCUACAUUGAUCCAUCCUCCCCAGGAUCUCGAUCCCGAGACCGUACGACAGAUUGAAGAAGCCACAGCGAAGAUCGGGAAUGCGUUGAACGUUACAGGGCCUUUCAACAUCCAGUUCAUUGCCAAGAACAACGAGAUCAAGGUGAUCGAAUGCAACCUUCGUGCCGCGCGUUCAUUCCCCUUCGUGUCCAAGGUCACCGGAGUGGAUGCCAUUGAGAUGGCUACUAAGGCGAUGCUGGACUUGCCUGUUGAGUCGUAUCCGUAUAUCGCUUUGCCUGCAGAUUACGUCGGUGUCAAGGUUCCACAAUUUAGCUUCAGCCGAUUGUCGGGUGCAGAUCCAGUUCUAGGAGUCGAGAUGGCCUCUACUGGAGAAGUGGCUUGUUUUGGCAAGGACAAAUACGAGGCCUAUAUCAAGGCCCUGAUUUCUACCGGGAUCGUUCCGCCAAAGAAGAACAUUUUGUUCUCGAUCGGUAGUUACAAAGAAAAGCUGGAAAUUCUGCCUUCCGUGCAAAAGUUACAUAACGCUGGUUACAACAUCUUUGCAACAUCCGGGACUGCUGACUUCCUCACAGAGCACAACGUUCCUUGCAAGUACCUCGAGACACUUGGAGAAGACAGCGAGCAGAAGUCUGAAUAUUCGCUCACUCAGCAUUUAGCGAACAAUCUCAUCGAUAUGUACAUCAAUUUGCCUUCCAAAAAUCAUUACCGACGUCCCGCGAGUUAUGCCAGCAAAGGAUAUCGCAGUCGGCGAAUGGCUGUUGACUUCGCGGUGCCCUUGAUAACUAACGUGAAAGUUGCGAAGCUGUUCUUUGAAGCCUUGGUCCGCAGGCUUCCCCUCGAGGUCUCUCCUGUCGACGCGAAGACAUCACACGAUACGCAUACCUUCGCCGGACUUAUCAAUAUUGCCGCGUUUGUCCCAGGUCUUACAAUUCCUGGAAGCCUCGACUUCUCCGAGGCUACCAAAGCGUCUACUAGUGGAGGCUUCAUCACGUCACUUAUCCUCCCUGUCGGCGCAGGAAACAAGAUUGUGGAUACAGCCUCUCUCGAAGCCGCGCGUGCCAAUGUUGUGGGAUCUGCGUAUUGCAAUUAUGCUCUGAGUAUCUCCGCUACGGCCAGCAAUGUCAAGUCUCUGGACGAGGAGAUCGAGGCAGACGUAAAGACACUAUUCAUUCCCUUCCAUUAUAGCGACGCAGAGAGCCAGGUUUCUGUCGUCGCAGAGCACUUCGCUGCCUGGCCCGUUGACAAGCCCAUUGUUACGGACGCUAAGGGCGCUGAUUUGGCUCCGGUCCUCUUGAUCGCAGGUUUGCACAACCGGAGUCUACAUGUUACCAAUGUGCAGAGCAAGGACGACAUACUCCUCAUCUCUCUCAGCAAGGCGAAACAACUGAAGGUCACAUGCGACGUAUCCGUGUACUCACUGUUCUACUCGCGUGCUGACUUCCCAGGAGUAACUUGUCUACCCACUGCAGAGGAUCAGAAGGCGCUUUGGCAGAGCUUGGAUGUCAUCGACGCAUUCUCAGUGGGCACGGUGCCAUACCAGUUAGCCCACGAGAUUGGGAAGCCUGCGGACGCAUCUUCUGGUAUUCGAGAAGCGCUUCCACUGCUCCUGAACGCUGUUUCUGAGGGCAGGCUGACCUUAGACGCCGUUCGCCAACGCCUCCACGAGAAUCCCAUCCGUAUUUUCGGCCUCCCAGAUCAAGGAAACACGAGCGUGGAGGUAAUCGUUGGACGCAAAUCGCAAUUCCGAAACACAGGCGCGAGUUGGUCGCCAUUGACUGGUUCGCUUGUGGCCGGCGCAGUGGAUCGAGUGCUUGUCCAUGGCCAGACAGUAUUCCUGGACGGUGAGGUCACCGCAUCUCCUAUAGGAAGAGAUCUCUCGAGUGCGACGGUCUCGCACGUACCAGCCGAACGUUCAAUGUCUAUUUCGGGCCAGCGACCAGAUCUCGGAACGGCUGCACAGUCACAAAGCAAGGGUGUAGAUGCUGCGGCACAAACACAAGCACAGAAGACCUCCGCACCGGCUGUUGCUCCGUUGCAGGGACCCGCGACUACUCCUCAGGCGGUUUUCACACACCUGGUGCCCCAUCCAGCGUUCCAUCGCAAGCACAUCCUGACGGUAAAGCAAUUCAAGCACCGGGAUUUACACGAUCUCUUCGCGCUGGCGCAGGAAAUGCAGUUGCAGGUUGAACGAAAUGGGACGCUAGAUGUGCUAAAAGGGAAGGUACUUGCGACGUUGUUCUUUGAGCCGUCGACGCGUACCAGCUCGUCUUUUGAUGCCGCCAUGAAACGUUGCGGAGGAGAAGUUGUUGCAGUACACGUGGAUGCGUCGUCAGUCCAGAAGGGAGAGAGCCUGGCGGACACAAUACGCACUCUGGGAUGCUAUGCGGAUGCGAUCGUGAUCAGACAUCCGGAUGUGGGCAGCUCACAGCUGGCUGCUAAGUUCUCGCCGGUACCGAUCUUGAACGCGGGAGAUGGUAUUGGGGAACACCCCUCGCAGGCGUUGUUGGACGUGUUCACCAUUCGUUCAGAGCUUGGUACCGUCAACGGAAAGACGAUCACGAUGCUUGGAGAUCUCAAGAAUGGGCGAACGGUGCACAGCCUUGUCGCGCUGCUUUCGCUCUACUCUGUCCGACUCAACUUCGUCGCGCCGCCAGCGCUGGCGAUGCCCGCAGCUGUCGUGAGCGCCGCUCGCCGCGCUGGCGUACCCGUGCAUCAAUGCGAGAGCAUUGAAGAUGUUCUCGCUGAGACGGACGUACUCUACGUGACACGCCUGCAGCGGGAGAGGUUCAAAGAUGAGACUGAGUGGGCGACGGCGAGGGAGGGUUACCGCGUGGACCAUGCUCUGUUGGCGCGUGCAAAAGAAGACAUGAUCGUAAUGCACCCCCUGCCGCGGGUCAAUGAAAUCGAUCCGGAAGUGGACUUCGACUCCCGACGGGCAGUAUACUUCCGGCAGAUGCGCUACGGACUCUUUAUCCGUAUGGCGCUUCUGGCGAGCGUCAUGGGCUGA